AUGAGAGAUCUUCAAACUGCCAAUAGUAUUGAUGAAGCGGAGCACAUUGUAUUAAACGUCGGCGGUGUAAAGUACGAAACAUAUAAAUCCACAUUAACAGCUUAUCCGGACACGUUUCUUGGUACCAUGUUCGCCAACCACAACAAACCAUUGUUACGGCACUUGGGCAGUAAUGAAUAUUUUAUCGAUCGUAAUGGUUACAUAUUCUAUUACAUCUUGGAAUUCUACCGAACAGGAAAAAUCAACUUUCGAGAGAGUACUCUUUUUCAUCAACAUCAACUUCGUUCUUCUACGCGAAAUGGAGGAGGGAUGCACCCGCCUACAGAUCGCUUGAUCACCCGGGAGGAACUUGAAGAAGAAAUACACUACUUUCAACUACCAAUUAGCUCAGUUUGGUCAUCACUCACCCAACGCGCCAUCACCACAAAAAUUGAUUCGUUUGUUGACGCCCUUCAUGAAAUAUUCUACCAAGUGCUUUGUGAAUUUGAAUCAUCCGUGGAAAUCGACUUCCGAAGAAACAAACAUCAACCACACGUGAAAAUUCGUGGGGUGGAUGACACGGCGACGAUAUACCGUACCGUCGCCAGUUUAUUGAAACCAUAUGUAUCGGUGGGAUAUGUAAUCUUGGACAAAUUUGGAACGGAGAUCGGGUGUCAUUUGAAAUACCUUAUACCGGAGUUAAAAUGGGAGUUACUGCACAUUGAUAAUUACAAUUGGUACUGUGUAAAAAUGACAACCAUGGAAGGGGUGGAUUUUGAUUAUGUGAUACAGAAUAGUUGUCUGGGUCAGACCAUAGAGAUGAAUAGUAGCGAAGAUGAUAACAGUGAAACAAACGUUGAUGUGGAAGGGGGCGUGGAGACGCCUGAAUAG